GUCCCUGUUAAUACACGCAGUCGCACGCCAACAGCAACAUGAAGCAAACGUUAUUAAUUCUCGCACAUCUCUUACGCAGAUUAUAUUUCGCAAUUUGCAAUGUAUCCAUUGUGGUAUAUCGAUGGUUCACAAAGUUUUGGUACAGAACGACGGAGUUUGACGUGCUUGUCCGCACGCUUGCGAAAAUCAACAACAUGCCUGAGCACCUGAUGAUUGUACUCGGAUCUGUGAACGACGAGUCCGUCCUGGACUGUGUGCGUAUAAUUCGAUGGUGCAUUACACUUAAUAUACGUUACAUCAGCUUCUUUGAUUAUUAUGGUUUCUUUAAUAAAAUUAAUCUUAAAGAAGAAUUUGCAAGGAAACAGCCUGAUCUAAUAGAGCAUAUUAUUUGGUAUCCUUCUACAAAGGCACAACUCAGUCAAAACAAAAUAAUUGGAAGCAAGCCAAAAAUAAAUGUAUUAUUACUGUCAGACGUAAAUAGCCAAGGAAAAAUACUGACGUUGACGCAGGCGCUGGCAGAAGAUGUAUCUUCAGGAAAUCUCAACCCGGAAGAAAUUACGGAAGAACUAAUCACUGAAAAGUUACAAAUAACAGAGAUGCCCGAUCCCGAACUCGCUUUAAUAUACGGUUAUGUUCAUUCUACACAUGGUGUUCUUCCAUGGCACACGAGAACAACAGAAUUUUUAAUGCUGCCGAUGUACGCUAAUGUCUCAUUGUCAGUGAAAGAUUUCACAUGUUUAUUAGAGCGUUAUUGCAAAUGUGAACAACGGUACGGUGAAUAAUAUGUAAUUAUUCUUAUUUAUACAAGAGAUGCUGAGUUUGAUGAUUAUUUUACAUACGCUACAAAUACAAAAGUCGAGUUUUGCACACAGAGGAAAAAAUUUGUUAAUUUGAUUAAAUUUUUUUAGUUUAUAAGUCUAAGUAUUUUAUACAUUUAAAUUAAGUAUUUAAAUAUUUGAAUUAAAAUUUAAUUAAGUAAAAAAAUUUAGUCAUGUUAACAAUUAUUUUUCUCAAUAUAAUUAUAAAAAGUAUCAUGAUAAAGAGAUAAGUACAGGACAAAAAAGAAAGUACAGGACAGACUUCAAAGAAAAAUAGUGCAGUUUCGAUUAAUCCUUUUCAUUUCAAAAUUCGCUGUUGAAUUUUACAACAAAAAUUUAAACGAGAUUAUUAUACACUUAUAAUGUAUUCGUAUUACGUAACAACCUAUGUGAAAAAGAAAUUCUUCGUAUUCUUAUAUAUAUAUUUUUACACAGGCAUAGAAUUUGUUUUACGUAGUAGUAAAUACAAUUUUUCUGCAUAAUCUACAUUAAUGUUAUAAAUAUGUAUUUUGAAAGAUAAGUUAUAAUAGCGAUUAAUAUUGCAAUAAUAAUAGAAAAGUAAACAUUUACGAAUAUCUUACAUAGUUCUAUAAAAUGAUCAAGUACAAUUUCGACGAUUUUCCUAGUUCUUGAUAUCUAGCGCUUGUUCCAACUCUGCCCGUUUUUGGUGUACUUUCGUGUAAAAAUAACGUAGAACAUAUGACCUCCUGUGUCUAGGUCUAAUAAUAAAAUUCAGUUUUCCGUUUCUUUUCCGGGUUGCUAACGACCCUAGUCAGAAAUAGUUCCUCGAAGCGAUGUCGUUUCGAUGUCGAAAAUGCAAGUCAAAAAUUUUCGAAAUUUUUAUUAAUUUCGAUGGAUUUUUGACUCCAACUUCGAGUAAUUUUCGAUUUCAUUCGACAUCGAAACGAUAUCAUUUCGAGGAGCUAUUUUGAUAUUUUCCGAGAACAUCCCGUCAAACACGAAAAAAUAAUUAAUUUUUUCUUUUUAAAGAAUUAUUUCUGAUUAGGUAAAAUAAUGGAAAAAUCGAGAUCGUUUCGAUAUUGGUUCAAGUUAAG